AUGGGAAGUAAGAAGGAUAAAUGGAAUGUAUUGGCCACUGUUAAAUCAUUCGAUUUAGGCCAAGCUCACAGCAGUCACCAUGAAUCGCUUCACAAGAGUAUGGAACAAAUUGAUCUGAUCAACUCCUCUGCAACUACACCUAUAAGCCUUCUAGUUCAAUCUCUGGUCAAACAGUUAUGUACAUUACUAGAAAAAGACACCUCAAAGGCAAACCAGCUCUACAAUACAAUAUGUGAGAAGUUACACAGUAUGAAACUGAUAGAUGAUUCCUACUCAAUGGGAGAAUUUGAGGUGAUGAGAAGCCAGUAUCAAAGAGCCUUGUAUCAGCUUGUUACAAUUGCAAGUGGUUCUGAAAUCCCAAUCACCCUCCCUGCAACAUGGCCUAUCACUAGAUCCGGUCUAGAAUGGUCACGAUAUCACAAAGAGUUUGAGGAGCUAUACUUUAUAGCCGGGGGUGGCUUUGGAAGUGUGUUUAAAGCGCGCCACAGGCUUGAUGGUGUUGAGUAUGCUGUUAAGAAGGUCUUCAUAAAGUCCUCAGAUGUAAAUUCCAUCAUGUCACACUUGGCAGAAGUAAAGACUAUUGCCAGUUUGAACCAUCCAAAUAUAGUGAAUUAUAAAGCUGCCUGGCUUGAACCAUUAAUAGAAUCCACUGUCAAGAAGCGAAAACAUUACAUGGAUGCAGACAGUGACAAUUCCAGCUCGAAUAGAGUGUCAUCUGUAUAUUCAAACAUAAUGAAGUCCUAUAAAACAUACAACUCCAAGGAGCUAACCAAAAGACACAGCCAAUCAGACUUUAUUAUUUCAUUUGAGAAUUCAGAGAGCUAUGAAAAUGAGGAAUCUGAAGAAAUUUACAGUGAUAGCAAUGACUCUCCUGUGCCUGACCAAAAUGCACUAUGCAAAUUGAUAUCAUGUAAUGAAUUUGAGAACUGCUCUCGAGUCAAUUUGAAAUGGGCAACACUGUAUAUUCAGAUGACAUUCUGUCAGCAAACACUUAAACAGUGGCUGGAUGACCGGAACAGUCACUUAUUCUUAUCAAGGAAAAAUUCUGACGAUGUGUGCCUUCAUCAUUCUGAUUCUCUUGAUUCUGGGAGUUAUGAUAGUCACUUGUGUCCUGAAACCACUUAUCCAUUGGCAUGGACGAGAUUGGAUAUCCUCAUAGAUAUGUUUACUCAGCUAGUUCGUGGCCUGCAUUACAUACAUUCCAGGGGUGUUAUUCAUCAUGAUGUAAAGCCUUCUAAUGUUUUUGUGGGCCGAAGUGAAGGUGGGCUUUUAGUGCAGUUAGGCGAUUUUGGUCUGGCUUGCCCAUUGCAGCAAUCUCACAGUGGAUUAGCUUUGGGUACGCAUUUGUACGCCGCGCCUGAACAAUUGGAUGGACAAUGUAACCCAAAGAGUGACUUGUAUUCCCUGGGCAUCAUACUGUUAGAAAUGGUGGAACCUUUCAGCACAGAUAUGGAACGUGUCAAAACAAUAACUGAUCUCCGCAAGGGCCAAAUACCCGCACAUCUCACUGCAAACUAUCCAAAGAUAGCGCACAUAAUUGGGAAACUAGUACAAAGAAAACCCAGCAAGCGUCUUGACACCAAACAGCUCUUGGAUGAAUUGAAAAAUCUCUGUGAGAACAAGGAUGAGACAAUAAAGUCACUGAAAGAGGAAUUGGCUGCAAAGGAUGAUGAAAUUGCUAAACUGAAAAUGAUGCUAGCAAAAUUUAACCACCAUUCCUAA